AUGGAGAACAAAGAACAAGAGCAGCCAAUUACACAGUUUGAAAAAACACCCAGAUCUUACGGCACCCGUGGCUAUGAACCUGUUGAGAACACAACAUAUGGGCAAGCACAGGCCAAUGCAGUGACUAUAGAAAUGUCAGACCUUGAAGGAGUACGGGAUCAUUUGGCUUGGUCAAUCUUUAACAUGGUGUACAUGAAUAUAUUUUGCCUGGGACUCGUUGCCCUUGUUUUCUCUACCAAGUCUCAAGAUCAGAAGCUGCUCGGGGACCGCGAUAGAGCAAAACGUUAUGGAUCUUUCGCCCAAGCUGUCAACAUUGCGGCCUUUGUGCUCAGUUCAAUAGCCUACAUUGCUGUGCUCGUCGUACUUGUGAUUAAUCUUCCGAAAAAAUGA